AUGGAGGCCCCCCAGCCGCAGCACGGCGCCGCCAGCAGCGACGAGGACAACUCGCCCACCGAGCUCAACUCUUGCCGCCGCCUCGCCGACAAGCCGCCGCUCGUCAAGCGCCUCGACUGCCUGCCCACCCCCAACGACGGCGGAGGCGGGGACCUACCACUCGACGACGACCCGCCCUGCUGGAACGCCGCGCCUCACCCCGCGCCGCCCUCCGCCCCCGCGCCCGCCUCUCCCGCAUUGCCGACUGCGCCCCCCGCCCCACACGACACGAGUCAGCCGCCCCUGCCUCCGCUACCUCAGUCGCCACCGCCUCAACCGCCACCGCGAACCGGCACGCCACCUGUUGACAAGACGGGCGGUAGCGUCUGCCCCUGCCAUGCAGACUGCACGCCGGACAAGGGGACGCCCGCCACCUCGCCGCGCCACCAGCCCCUGGAGAUGAGGGAGCCCUGGUUCCGCACCGGCAUGCCCAGGGAGACUGCCCUUGAGGUGCUGGACCACGAACCGGAGGGCGCGUUCAUGGUGCGCGAGAGCACCAGCAAGCCCGGCUGCUACGCGCUGUCGUUGCGCGUCCCCAGGGACUUCCAGCCGUCCGGCAUCGCGCACUACCUCAUCCUGCGCACCGCCAAGGGGUACAAGAUCAAGGGCUUCACGAAGGAGUUCUCGAGCCUGGCGUCGCUGAUCACGCACCACUCGGUGAUGCCCGAGCUGCUCCCCGUGCCGCUGGCCCUCAGCAGGUACCGCCCCGCGCUGGGCAAGUCCGACUCGAGCCGAGACUUCUCGGACGGCGACUGCGACCGCGACUACAACACGCUGGCCGACCUGCGGCAGAUGCUGGCCGAGCUCAAGAUGUAGCCGCCGUGGCUGCUUCGGAGCAUCUGUUCCACGUCCGCUACGACGCAGUUCUCUUCAUAUCCGCUUGUGUCUGACAGCCAAAGUCGCUAAUAUACCACGAGCUCUACCAGCUCUGGAAACCGAGAAGGAAAGAAAGAUUUUUCAGGACGUAAUCUUGAAGGUGUGGGGCUCUACAACUGCACUCUAUUGUUUUGCUGUGUCGUUUUACGAAAAUAUAUCAACGUUUGACCACGGACGUCGGCCCUGCAGAUGUGUAACUUAAUUUAUUUGACGUUGCACAGACCAUCUGAUCAGAAUUAUCCUGAAACGUCCUAUCAGGAACAGUACCCCUUCGUUUGACAUUUAACGACGAGUAUCAUCCUAGCCCUUCAGCUCAACUAUCUAUGCAAGCAGACUUCGCACCACACUUCUAAAUCUUUCAGGAACAUUAUGCCGUUUAAACUAACGUAAGUCCAAGCUAGUUACAAAAAAAAGGACUGAAAUUUUUGUUUAACUGAUUUGUUGUUUUUGUGGCUAACUCUCGUAAAUGCUGAAGUUGAGACGCAUAGCUUCCUUCCUUUGGCACUCUGUGUACCGUGUGGGACGACACUAACCCCAGCACUCUGGAUACAGAUGUCUGCCUGCAGAUACUUGUUAGGAUACGUAAGCUUACUGUAGACAUUGAGCCAUAGGGACCCGACUACCUUCCGUGUUACCAGGAAUUCAAAGAAAAGUAUCUGACUGUACUGUUUGAAACUCCAUGAUGUAUCAAAUACUAGGAUGGCAUGAAUUCAUAUGAAUAAGGAACUCGUUACUUUGCUCAAUCAGCGGAAAUUACGUGUCAUAUGCAUAGCGGAGAAAUGUACUAUUCCUACGCAUUUUCGUUCCAAGACUCAAUUCCCCAUCACUGGUUAGUAUCGAACCCGAA